AUGUCGCUCUGGAGACUUUCCGAAAGCGCAAAGACCCUUUACAAGAUCAUUUUGUUCUUGAAUCCUAACUACAUUGAGGAGUCGUUCCUGAAGGAUGGCGCUCUUAAAGUGGACGAUCCUGAUUUGGCGUUCAUGUUGGACGAGAAGGAGUUUGUGGAUGCUCGAGAGGCAUUGCGUGAAGACUCUCUUGUUAACAAGUCAAGCGAGAGCGGGAUUAUAUCUAUGCACCGGAUUCUCCAGCAUGAUGCUAUCAGCCGAAUGACGUUGAAUCAACUGAAACAGGUCCUCUAUCUCAGCAUAGACAUUCUCUCCGCACACUUUCCAGACACGUAUAGUGCCGACGUGGGCUACCAGGCUGCCUCCUGGAGCUAUUCGCUCAAGAAAUUCGACGAAAAAGGCUCUCUUGCGUACGCGAGUGCUAUUGAUCUUCGGGGCUUAAUCAACCUUGACAUCUGUCGUCCCACAGAUGCCCUAGAAUCUUUCAAAGAAGCAUACAAGCUACGUACAGCGAUACUCCCAGACAACGACCCCUUUCUGGCCGCCAGCCAGGUCAACAUCGGUAUUACAUACACAGAGCUCGGAGAGCACGAAAAGGCUCGAGAGCAUCUCCAACAGUCGAUCGAUAUUCGCUUGAUGCACGAUAGUGAUAGAAUUGGCAAUUCAUAUAGCAAUAUGGCCAGCUUGUUGCUCAAAAUAGGCGAUCCUAAUGGGGCAGAAGCCAUGCUCAAGAGUUGCCCUUCUUUGAAGGAUUUCUCGGUUGAAACUUUUUUGAAAACUCGGAAUCCACGGUUCUCUGGCGAUAUGGUCCUGCUCAGUAGGAUCAAGUUUGAGCAAGGGCUCCUCGACGAAUCCCUCAGGUUUGCUUCAAAGGCUCUGACCUUCCGAAAGAGUUGUUUGAGCGAGCGCCUCAAAGUCUGUGAUUCCUUGCAUCAGGUAGCUGUCCUUCUUCAUCGCAGAGAUAACACCGAAUCAGCAGUGCAGCCUACUCGAGGAAUGUAUAAAAAUAUCGAAAAGGCUCCUACCCAUUGA